CCCUGGCACUCACUCAGUCUGGUGCUGCUGUGCCGACCACGCGGACCUCUGCUUCAGUGUCUUCACCAGAAAGCAACUAGCCAGCUCCACGUCGUCGGCACUUGGCUGCCCCAGCUCUUCGUCCAUCUCGUCCUCGUCAGUGCCGCUAGCAGGAUGGGUCGUCGCAGGAUUCAGCGAUGUAAUACAACCGAACUCAAGUCCCUCUUGUUGGAUGCCAAUGGUGGCAGAUGGUACAGACCCACCAACUCCUGCGAUGAGGUCUUCCCCGGCAUCCUCUUGGGCGACGCCGACACGGCGCUAUCGACGCAGGAGGUGAAGGAGCUGGGUGUGACCCACGUGCUCAACGCGGCCCAGGGCCACAACAAUACCGCCUACGACGGCUACGUCAGCACCUCGCCCACAUACUACUCCAAGCUCAAGGGCAUCAAGUACUACGGUGUGCCGGCUCUCGACAUGCCCGGCUUCUACAUCAAGCCUUACCUCCGCGACGCUGCCGAAUUCAUCAACAGUGCUCUCAAGGAAGGAGGGCGGGUGUUGGUUCACUGUCAGUGCGGCAUCUCGCGCUCAGCGGUGCUGGUGGCCGCCUUCCUUAUGCUCAAGCGAGGCAUGAACGUCCAGACGGCCCUGGCUAAUAUCAAGAAGAAGAGAAACAUCUUCCCCAACCAAGGGUUCCUGAGUCAGCUGUGUGAUCUUGACUAUGAGCUCCGCCGCAGCGGAGAGCUUCCCGACACCCAUGAGAUAACCCUCCCUCCGCUGGUCUUUGACACGGAGGAAGAGUCGACACCGAGCCUCCGUAACCCGGCCGCCUACCCCAGGUUCACCCUCGUGCCCACCAGGGUGUUCGACACCUAUACUGACACCAAGAACUAUGUCGUGCCCCGAAGAGCAUCUUCUUUAGACAGAUAUGUGCCGCCUCGCAAGAACUUCCAGGAUAACCCCUUGGUGGACUUGUCGGUUCGUAGUUCCAGGAGUCCAGUGAGGUCGUUGUCACCUGUUCGAGGUGUAUCGCCUGUUCGGUCUCUCUCGCCCGCCCGUAGAGGAAGCUUCUCCUACCUGACUUACAGCAAUGCCGAUGAUGAACUGCCUGAAAAUUCGAAAGUGUUUGACACUUACAAACGCUACGAGAGGUCUGCCACGACUCCCCUUCCCAGCACCACGACCACAACCAGCUAUGUCAGCAAACCCUACGACCCGUAUGUGUCUCCAAGCACUAUCAAGUACGACUCGCUCAGAUACCCCAAGGUCUACUUCUACGACAGGUACUACUCCCUCCCCACCUACCAGUACAUCAACAACCUCAACCGAUACUACGACACCUACAAAUACAACAGAUCGGUGAGCCCAUUCACGGGUGCUAACGUCGCUCCUGCCUCCGUGUACAGAACCUACAAGCUGUACCCUGAGAAGGCCUACCUGAUAGGGAGCUCCUAUGUACCGCCAUACCCUUACACCGAGAAGUACUUCUCCCCCUUCGUCAGGUACCCAACCACGUACCGAACCCUCUACCCCAGCUACACCUCUCCUAUCCGAGUCCUGUCCUAAGCUCUACGCCAAAUAUAAUCUUCGUUACUCAAGUGAUCUCUUCCUGGCAGAUAUAUACAAUGUGCCUUAACAUGCAACUUUACUCUAAAACACACUCGUCUUGCAUACAACAAUCCACAAACAUUAUCCCGGGAACAUUUACUUCUGAUUUCUAAUUUUUGCUUCUUCAUUGUUAGGAUUAUCGAAACACAAAACUACACUAUCAUUAGCUUCACAGUUGGUGUUAUUUUAGAAUCAGCUACUUGGAACAAAAAGUUCUUAAGUAGGAAGGGCUAUGGUGAGCCCGUAGUGGACUUACCUGGCACAGGAGUGGGGCUGCAACUCGAUGUAGCUUCACAAUUAUACACCACGUUAUUAUGCAUCACACUACCAUACAGUAUCGUAUACACACUAUCAUACACUACAUCCCGGCGCAACACACACCACCACGCCACUACAACACUCGUCUUGUCCACUAAUCCGCUAAAAGCCGCCUUAUUCUCCCAGACCUCACAAGGAGACGUAAUCUCAGUAAUAUUCUCACCAUGCUCCAACUUACUGUGUACAUAAUGUAUAUAGUUAUUCUCUCGUGUUCUACUCAUAUCUAGGGUGAAGCUCGGUGUCCAGGCGUACCUUAACCCUCAGCACACCUUGCUCGUGUGGACUAAUGCAGCUUUUUUUCGACUGUCUCUCAUCUUCUCACUCUCUACACUACCACAAGCUCUCACACCCGUGUUGACGUCUCUAUUUACUAACUAUUUUAUUCGGAGUUGUUACGAAUCGAUGUUCCCCGAGGGAGUAGUUUAUAGGGGGGUGGUAGGUGUGGAGUAUUUUUAGUAUGGUACUGCUGGAAUGUCCUCCUCGUCUCCUUCGUGGGACGAGGAGGGCGUCUGAGCCGUCGUCUCGGGAUCCUGGGCUGGAGUUCCGCCAGCGCUCCCGCCAUAAUUUCUUAUUCCUUCUUGCAUCCUGGAAGCUCUCUCUAACCAUUCGUUCUUCCUUCUUGCAUCCUGGAAGCUCUCUCUAACCAUUCGUUCUUCCUUCUUGCAUCCUGGAAGCUCUCUCUAACCAUUCGUUCUUCCUUCUUGCAUCCUGGAAGCUCUCUCUAACAUAGCGUUCUUCCUUCUUGCAUUCUGGAAGCUCUCUAACCAUUCGUUCUUCCUUCUUGCAUCCUGGAAGCUCUCUCUAACAUAGCGUUCUUCCUUCUUGCAUCCUGGAAGCUCUCUCUAACCAUUCGUUCUUCCUUCUUGCAUCCUGGAAGCUCUCUAACCAUUCGUUCUUCCUUCUUGCAUCCUGGAAGCUCUCUCUAACCAUUCGUUCUUCCUUCUUGCAUCCUGGAAGCUCUCUAACCAUUCGUUCUUCCUUCUUGCAUCCUGGAAGCUCUCUCUAACAUAGUGUUUUUCCUUCUUGCAUCCUGGACGCUCUAACCAUUCGUUCUUCCUUCUUGCAUCCUGGAAGCGCGCUUCGGCGACAUGUUCUUCCUUCUGGGGUUCUGAAAGUUCGCUCUAGCACCACGUUCUUCCAUCUGUCGUCGUUGAAGCUGCUUCCAGCCCCUAUCUUCAGCCAUACGUUCUUCCUUUUGGCAUCAUGGCAGCAUUAAAACUAACACAGUUGCUCAGCUGGCCAUUAAUGGUCAGCGCUAUAGGCUUAUGUUGUCUUUUAUUUCAUAUUAUAAUUAUUGUUUUAGGACGAGAUGAAAUUUUGCUUUUAAGGGGAAUGUGGAAAUUUGGUUCGUGAAGUUGUGCACCUCUGUUCCCCUCUCCCUUUCCCUCUCCUUCCCCGCUACCCUCUCCCUCCCCUCUUCCUUCUCUCAGCUUAGUGAUGGAGGAUUACACUGGUGGCAACGGUGUCAGAGGUUUAGUUGCUUCGGGUAAGACACUGCCCAUUGUUAUGCUUUAAUCAAUUGACCAAAAAGAAAUUUUAAGCAAAUUCUAUGUGACUGUCACAGAAUUUAUAUGUAUAUGUACCAUGUACCGCUAUAUGUACCAUGUUUGGGGCCUGCUAUAUGUACCAUGUUUGGGGCCCGCUAUAUGAACCAUUUUAGGGGCCCGCAAUAUGUACAAUGUUUGGGGCCUGCUAUAUGUACCAUGUUUGGGGCCCGCUAUAUGAACCAUUUUAGGGGUCCCGCAAUAUGUACCAAGUUUGGGGCCCGCUAUAUGAACCAUUUUAGGAGCCUCUGUUAUAAGUACAAUAAUAUAUUAAGGGUCCCCUUAAUAUAAUAAUGUCACAGAUAUCAUUAAUAGGGGCCCACUGUAGGUACCUCCUUAGAGGUCCACUAUAGGUACCAUAUUAAGAGGUCCACUAUAGCACAAUAAUAGGGGGCCGCUAUUGGUACGAUAUUAGAAGCCUGCUAUAGGUACCAUAUUAGGGGGUCCGUAAUAUCACCAUACAACUACAGGUACCACAUUUGGGGGCCCGACAAAGGUACCACACUAGGGGGCCCGACAAAGGAACCACACUAGGGGGCCCGACAAAGGAACCACACUAGGGGGCCCGACAAAGGUACCACACUAGGGGGCCCGACAAAGGAACCACACUAGGGGGCCCGACAAAGGUACCACACUAGGGGGCCCGACAAAGGUACCACACUAGGGGGCCCCACACAGGUACCAACGCCCUGGGAGACACAUCAACAACCUCCUCCUUACUAGCGGUAAAGGCCAAAGGUCUUAAGGUCAUUAAUGCUUAUAAUAAAAUAAAAAAAUCAU